CCUGAAGAUCCUCGGAAGGUUUAGGAAUGUGUCAGAAAUAUUACUUAUUUUUCUUCACUAUUUUUUGAUGUCAGAUUUACAAAUAAAACUUUGUAAUCAAUACUUCUGAUAAAAAAGAUACUGUUUUGUAUCUCCUUUUUCAGUGUUUUGCCGUUUCACCAUUGUGAAGGCUAAGAGAAAGUAACGUACUUUCGAAAGUAUACAUCGCUUAUGCAAAAUCUUUCUAACUUCUAAUGUUCCUUUAUAGUACUGAAUAACUCCUAUGUUGACCUGUUUGUUCUAUUUUAGUGAUGAAUAUUUCUCAAAAUUCUUUAGAGUAAUUAUUCAGUUCGACGAUUAGUGUGGUCACACCGAAUUCAAUCAAUUUGUCUUGUAUCUUCGUAACAAGAUGAUCAACUUGUUCUACCAGAUAUUUAAGGGCUGUCACUUCUGAAAUCUCACUCUACCUACUAGCUUUGGUUGUCAGAUUGUCCGACCCUCAUGCUUGUCAUUACUAAUCGAUAUAGUAGGUUAUUCGGAUGUCAUCAAACGAGGCCACACCAUGAUAAUAGAAAAUCUACUCCGCAAGUUUGUUUUUGGCCAAUAAAUCGUUUAAUUUGCUAAGUAGUAGAAAAAUAAGCUUUCCACUUCACUUCUAGUCUUCUCAUUCAGUAGUCUUUUGAAGGUUUUUGCAUAGGAAGUUUGUGUAUCAAUAUCAUUUUCGAAUACCACGCGUCAAAACACUAAUUGUUGUAGCACACUCUCACUAUUAAGUGUGAUUGCACCUAAUGUACUCAGUGAGUUCACGGGUAACUUUUCCAUUUUUCCAGUUUCCUACCGAAAUACGCUCUAUAAAAUCCUUUCAUACACAUGUACUUCUAGUCUAGACUCAAACCUAACUAAGGCUGGACGUUACAAAUUUUUCAGGGUUCUGGUUUCCGAAAUACACUAAUUCGUAAGUUAUUAUUCCACUUCUUCUCAGCUACAUCGUCAUGCAUUGCUAGUUUUUGGUUUGAAGAAAAUUCUCAUUUCACGGGUAAACUUAGUACUAUUUAAUAUACGGUUGUGUUUGAAAACUUUCGUGCAAUCUAUCUCUUUUCUCACUGUAAUCGUGUCAUUGGUUAGCCGAAUGUGAUUACUACUAGGUAGACAGUCUAGGCGAAAUAAUCGAUACUCGAGCUAGAUCAAUACAACUUUCCUGUUUUACGGUCCGACCAAACGGGACCUAAAAAUAACCAACAAGAAAAGCUGUUUAUUCUCACCAUCAUAACAAAACUAAUCAUUACUAUUCUCCGUAUUAUAUUGCUGCUUCUAUAUUAUUUUAUUGGGAAUUUCCUGACAUUUAUGUGUAAAUAAUAAUUUGUCAUGAUAACUAAUUAUUUCUCAAACCUGUCCACUUAUUUGGUCUCCAGUUGAAGUAUAGAAUGAGUGAUUCUUAAUGUGACUUUAUGAAUUUGAAGAUAAUUUCAGACGAUCCUCAGAGAAAAUGUAUAAAGCAAAAGUAUUUAACAACAGAAUUAAUGAAACCUGAGGGUUUAGUUUUGGAAUUUAAUUGGUUUUCCGACUAUGAUUUCUUAAAAAUAUCGCUUCAUAAGUUCAUUGAUCAGAAUGCAAAUUAAUUCUUGCUGGUGAUCUUUUCUUAAACUUUCUCACUUCCAUAAACAGUUUGAUAAAAAAGAUUCAACAUCCACAACAAAACCUUGGGGUUAACAAAUUCACUGAAGUGUUAUGAGGUCAAAUCAUCUUCGUCGCCAAAUUGAUAGGAAUUAAUUGUGUAAAAAUGAUUAUCUAUUUUAGCACGCUUACUUUACCAGCUCACUUGUUACAUCGUUAAUUACUGACAGAAUGAUUGUUUUGUGAGCUUAUUAUCAACAAAGCAAACUUAGAUAAAACUAUUCGAUUAACGUGUUAUGUAGAAUAUAUAUAUAAAGAAAAACGUUGAGCACUUGACACGUUUGUAGUCUGCGAUGACAAGAAAAAUUGUUGCUAAUGCUUUUGGAAGUUCUGAUCAAUGUACAAACAAUUUGCGUUACUCAUUCCAUUCAUUUUUUGGUUGACUUGUUUUAAUAUUUCAAAGUAUUUGAAUUAUCGUAUGAACUAGGAAUCCCAGAAUUAAAGCAAUUGAAUCAAGAACUACGACACAAGCACAAACGAAUGUAUUGUAUUUGGAAUUCGAAAUCAAGCAUUCAACAAGUACAAAAGAAUCAUUAGUUAAUUCAAACACCACAUCCGCCACAGCUUAAACUAGAAUAUAAUUGUCUGUAAUAGGUUGUACGUCUUCUUAUUAAGUUCAUCCUGAGUCUGUCCGACAGUGUAUUGAAUAAAAACUCUGUAUUAUCUAGAAUACACUCAGUACCAGAAUUAACAACCGAAAUCGGAACAGACUCACCUGGAAUCGCAUACAAUUAGGAUGUCGGUUUUUGUACUGAAAUCAUAAAUAUCUAGAAUUCGAACAAUAGAUUUUUCAUUACUAUCCUCCCCCACGAAAUAAUCUUGAAUCUUUAUAUCCCCAAGUUAUGAAUGAUAUGGCUUCAUUGAAAACAUAUUUCUCCCAUUGUUUAGAGUAAACAUUAGAAGUGUUUUUGUGAUCAGAGUAAAUAGCAGUUGAUAUGAAAUCAUCCGAAUUGUAAUCAAAAUCGAACUCAUUUACUACUCGUGCUCCGUAUUGAACAAGUUUUUUCACAAGGAUCAAAUGCAUUAUGAGGAUAGAUAAUAUAUGAUAUGACAUCCGGAUCUGGUUCUUUUGAAAUAUUUUCAUGAAAUUUAUUAAGAAUGCCAUUGCAGAGCAAAGGAUCGUUAGAAAAAUCAGCAUCCAUCAAGACUGCAUCAGGUUUUUGAUAAUAAUUACGUUCACUCAACAUAUUUUCUUCAGAUUUGUAAGAAAUUUCAUCGGAAAUAUGUGAAUCAUUAGGAAAAGCCAUAUUUGGUACAAUAACAUGAGAAAUCUGAUAAAUCGAUUGGUUAGAAACUGUUGUCUCGCAAGAAUUGAGAGUUCCUGUGUUUGAAUUAACUAAUGAUUCUAUUGUACUUGUUGAUUGCUUGAUUUCGAAUUCCAAAUACAAUACAUUCGUUUGUGCUUGUGCCGUAGUUCUUGAUUCAAUUUCGUUAAUUCUGGGAUUCCUAGUUCAUACGAUAAUUCAAAUACUUUCAAAUAUUAUACUGGCGUCGCGAUGGAGCCUGCAAUGGAAAAGUUAGAUAUUCAUUCAACUUCUGAAGCUUUUGAGGAUUACUUUGAAAGGUUCGAAAUCUGGGCUAUGACCAAGGAAGAUGAUGAGGAUGGUAAUAUUGUGGCACAUUUCCUCACAUUCAUCGGAAAAGGAGCAUACAGCUUAUUAAUAACUCUGGGUAUGCCGGAGAAGCCUAUCUCGCUUCUUUAUAAAACUCUCAAGGAACUGCUGCUAGACUAUGUUAAUUAUACAAAUUUCGAUUGCGAUAAAGGAGGGAGAUCUCGUAAAAUGACUCAUGAGAAUAUAAAAAUUUCCACUGCAUUACUACGUCAUCCCAACCCAGUGCAUACUCAAGGCUAUGCAGAUAAUUCAUUGAUGAGUUACAAUGCAUUUCAUGAAGAUGGGCACAAGUUUGGUCAAUGUUUGUCCCAUGGCAAGUUCCACUCUUUUAAUUCAUGUAAAUUUCGUAAUUCUAAGUGCUUUAAAUGUGGUGAUAUUGGACAUAUUCAGUCGGUCUGUAAUACUGAUGUUCAUCUUAUUGCAACUAAUAUUAAGUCUUGUAAUUCUGUUCCUACUAAGUCGAGUAUUUAUAAUGAUGAUUUAUCUUUAUCAACGAUUUCAAAAGACAGUGUAGAGUCAUAUAGCAGCUCGGAGUUAAAUGAAACUCAGAAUUCUUGUGAUUUAACAGUUUCUAAUCAAUUAAUUUGUCAGAUUUCUCAUGUUAUUGUACCAAAUAUGGUUUCUCCUAAUGAUUCACAUAUUUCUGACGAAAUUCCUUGCAAAUCUGAGGAAAAUAUGUUGAAUGAACAUAAUUAUGAUCGAAAACUUGAUGUAGUUUUGAUGUAUGUUGAUUUUUCUAACGAUCCUUUGCUCUGCAAUGACAUUCUUAAUAAAUUACAUGAAAAUAUUUCAAAAAAAUCAAAUCCGGAUGUCAUAUCAUAUAUUAUCUAUCCUCAUAAUGCAUUUGAUCCUUGUGAAAAAACUUGUUUAAUGCGGAGCACGAGUACUAAAUGUGUUCGGUUUUGAUUACAAUUCGGAUGAUUUCAUAUCAACUGUUACUUACCCUUGUCACAAAAAUAAACCACUAUAAAUACUCAACAUAUUUGGAAUUCGAAAUCGAGCAAUCAACAAGUACAAUAGAAUCAUUAGUUAAUUUAAACACUACACUUGUCCAUAUUGUAUACCUAUUCUUGGUCUUUAUCUAAUUACUGAUGGCAACCAUCACAAAUGUUGUACAACAUUUCCUGCAUUUUUCAAUUUAAAACUUGUUUUGGAGAAUUGGUUAGGGAGUUGACAUACUGAUGGUACUGAUCUUUAUUUGGUCAAGUUGCAAUCCACUAGUUUGACGUUCAUAAUUUAGCCCUAACUGUGUAAGUUGAGAUUGUGUGCCUUUGUGUAUGCAUUUAUUAUUUCAUCUUACCUUUGUCUCCUGGUUGCACUACGGUUCGUGUAUGUUGAGC